UUCAUUGUGAAAAGAAAUUAGGAAAUUUCUCAAUUUAAUAACAUCUCUGCCGUGUAAUAGUGGGUGAACUUAUUCUUCUUACAAAGUUGACCAACCUCUAAAAUUUCAUCCAAAACACUUUCCUGCUUCCAUACUUUCAAUAAACUUUUGACAGUCCUCGGAGUCAUCCUCGAAUUCUAGAAUUUUGUAAUGCAUGGAGGUUAACAAUUUGAGGCUUUCAAGCAAUAUCAAUGUUUUUGCCUCAUUAUUUGGCUUCAUACUAAAAUAGAAGGGUUUACCUUUCAAAAUAGAUCCCUUGGGUAAUCUAAUCGCGACACAAUCUCUUGGUGGCAAAAGACUUUUUAAGGUUUUAUCUCUGUGCGCAAAGUUUUGUACUAUAUUCCAAUAUUAGAGCUGCUAUAUAAUAUUCCUAAGGACGAGAGGAUUAUUUGGACAAGGUGGACUGUUUCGGCUUCAUUCUUAGAUGUGGGAAUAGUUUCUGAAUGCUACUAUGUUAACUUCAGGUUGAAACAUAAAAUGUAUAAUAUUUAUUAUGCAAUUCUGUUCGCUGCAAUACCUGUUCAGACUGGAAAAUUGUAAUAAAAAGGCAAAAGGAACCAACAGCAUCCCAUUUUCUCAGAUCCGCAAAAGACAUGGAAGAUGCCAAAAUGAUUUGUCUUAAGGAUCUUUCACCAGCAGCUACAAAUACAGUGAAUACAAAGUUUAUUAUGUUGGAGAAAGGGAAACCAAUGAAAGAUGGAGGAGAAAGGACUUGUUUGACUUUGGUAGCUGAUCAAUCUGCUUCUGUUCACUUUCAACUUUGGGGAAAUGAAUGUGAUGCUUUUCAACCUGGUGAUAUUAUUCAUCUAACUAAUGGCAUUUUCUCCUAUCAUAAAGCUAAUCUUGUUUUAAGAGCUGGAAAGAAAGGGAGGGCACAAAAGAUUGGAGAGUUCAUUAUGACCUUUGUUGAGAUGCCCAAUAUGAGUGAGCUGCGUUGGGUGCGUGAUCCUUCUGAUCAGAAAAGGUUAAUACCUGAUCCUACCAUCUCCGUCCCUCCCUCUUCCAGAAUAUUUCCUUCUAUUCAAAAUUGACCAACAAAAGCCAUUGGUAGUAGUUAUUCUUACAAAUGACUGUUAUAUUUGGAUUGUCUAAAAAGAUUUUGAAAUAUGACCCUGGGAUUUUUAUCUUGCCUGUCACUACUGUAUUUUGUUUUGAUAAGUAAAGAGCAUAUAUAUUUGACUGAUAAAAAUACUAAUAUUUAACAUU